UGUCCAGUGCAGCAAGUUUGUAAGCAAGCUUCCCAUCCAAACACAGAAUGCUACGAAAAUUUCUUGUAUAGUUUUUGCUGUUGACAUAAAAAGAAGGACACUAUAGAAAACCACACGAGAAAUCUCUUUAGAAUCUGGUAUUGAGUAGAAGUAACGGAUCAUUGUGGAGAGUUUAGUUUGGUUUGGGCGCUACAAUGACUGUGUUGGACUGUUGAACUGACCUGAAGUCAUGAUUGGUCCGCUAGUAAGAAAAAGUAGCCACAGCUGAACUUUCAAGAUGACAUCCAUCGUAAACUUUGAGGGUAUUUGGGGUGUAGGGGAUGAAACCCCACACUGUUACCUCCUGACGGUGGAUGACUUCACCUUCCUUCUUGACUGUGGGUGGGAUGAAAAGUUUGAUAAAGACUACUUGGACCGCCUGACAAGAGUGUUGCCUCGGAUCGACUGUGUCCUCAUCUCCUACCCUGACCCUCUUCAUAUGGGGGCGUUGCCUUACAUGGUGGGCAAGUGCCAACUCAGCUGUCCUGUGUAUGCCACUGUCCCUGUAUUCAAGAUGGGACAGAUGUUCUUGUAUGAUUGGUAUCAGAGUCACCACAACUAUGACCAGGUAGAACACUUUUGCCUUGAUGAUGUGGAUGCUGCCUUUGAGCUCAUCACACAGGUCAAGUACAACCAGAGCAUUCCUAUGAGAGGGAAGGGAAUAGGCCUGAGCAUCUCUGCCCAGCCUGCAGGACACAUGAUCGGUGGAGCCAUCUGGAGGAUCAUCAAGGACGGGGAGGGUGACAUUGUAUAUGCAGUGGAUUUCAACCACAAGAAGGAGCGACACCUUGGGGGUUGUGAGCUGGACAAGAUCAGCCGACCUUCUCUCCUCAUCACAGACGCCUUCAACUCCUCAUACCGGCAGGAGAGACGCAGACACAGAGAUGAGAAGCUUGUGGCCCAGCUCCAGGAGACCUGUCGUAACGGAGGAAAUGUGCUGGUGGCCACGGACACAGGCGGGAGAGUGCUGGAGAUAACACACAUGCUUGAGCAGAUGUGGAAUACCAAGGAGAGUGGACUGUCAGCUUACUCACUGGCCAUCCUCUCCAACACUGGCUACCAUGUCAUUCAUUUUGCCAAGCAGAUGAUUGAGUGGAUGAGUGAAAAGCUGACCAAGGCCUUUGACACACUGAGGACCAACCCAUUCAGUUUCAAGCACCUCAAGUUUUGCCACAACCUCACUGACUUGAGCCGCCUCCCCUCACCCAAGGUUGUGCUGGCAAGCUUCCCCGACCUUGAGAGUGGUUAUUCCCGGGAGCUGUUUGUGCAGUGGGCCACCAACCCCAAGAACACAAUCAUCCUCACGUCCAGGACAGGACCAGACACCCUCGCCAGGCGCCUCAUCGACGACCCACACAUUCGUACCUUCAAGCUGCUGGAGAAGAGAAGGAUAAGGCUGGAGGGGCCGGAGCUGGAUGAACACUAUCGCCAGAAGAGGGAGCAGCAGCAACAGCAACAGAGGAUCAAGGAGGAGGUAGAGAGCUCGAGUGACAGUGAGGAUGAGGAAGGUCUUGAGGCAGGGAAACAUGACAUCAUUGUGCUGCAUGAGAAGGCCGGGAACCAGAGUAUGUUCCGCAGCCGCAAGCACCACCCGAUGUUCCCUUAUCACGAGGAGAAGGUGAGAGGUGAUGACUAUGGGGAGUUCAUCAACUUGGAGGACUUUGAUGUCAGUGGCUUGAAGGAUGAGAACAAGGAAAAUAUUGAUUUGCAGAUUCCCUUCGAUGAUGAUGAUAUGAUGGAAGUGGAGGAGACGCCCACCAAGUGUGUAUCCCAGACGGUGACGGUGAGAGUGACUGCCCAAGUGCUGUUCAUUGACUUUGAGGGUCGCAGUGACGGCGAGAGCAUACGCAAGAUUGUUGAGGCGAUGCAUCCACUACGAGUCAUUUUGGUGCGAGGGUCACACAUGGAUCUGCAAGCCUUUUCCGAGAACAUCCGUAGCAUGACCAGAGCCAAGGUGUUUACGCCAUCCCUUGGUCAGGUGGUGAAUGCCUCCAUGGAGUCCCACAUUUAUCAGAUUAAGCUGGCAGAAUCCCUUGUGUCAUCACUGAUGUUGCAGCCGGCAGGCCGGGAGAUGGAGGUGGCAUGGGUGGAUGGCUGUGUCACCUUCCCCACCGACACCAUAGAGGGGGCGUGCGAAGAGACAGACAGACAAGUGAUAUCCAGUGAAAACCAGAGAGACAAGGACACAGCCACUCUGACCCUUAUACCUAGGGAACAGGCUCCUCCUCACAACCCAGUUUUCAUCAAUGACAUUCGACUGAGCGAGUUCAAGCAAGUUCUAAGCCGAGCCGGGAUCAGCUCAGAGUUCAACGCUGGCAUCCUGUGGUGUGCCAACGGAACUCUGGCUCUCAAGAAGCAAGAUUCUGGCAGCGUAUCCUUGGAGGGGCCACUCAGCCCGGAUUAUUUUGAGAUCCGUGAGCUGCUAUACUCUCAAUAUGCGAUAUUAUAGUGCUGGGGGACAGGUUUGUGCCUCAGGGGUUAAGCCUUGGAGGAGGAAGAAGAGCAAUUUAUUGUAUUGUUUGAGAGAUGUCAGAGUCAGGGGUAUAAUACCAAGGUGUUAUUUUAAGUCCUACCUUUCUUACUGUCCCAAAAAUGUUAUUUUCUUUUAAAUAAAAUAUUCAAGUA